AUGCUGAUACUUUCACUAAAAAAAAAUACUUUUUUUUAUCCAAUAGUAAUUCUAGAUAAAGACUUACUCAAGAAAAAAAGAGGCUUGUUGGGUUGGACUCAAAGAAUAGUUUCUCCUAUAUUUAAAAGUAAAAUUUUUAAAUAUUAAUUAAUUAGAUUUCUAUGAUUUAAAGUUUUGCUUUAUUUUAGAAAUUCUCAUAAUGCUUAUCAAACAGAUCAGUUCAUAUAUAAAUUUGAUAGAUGAUAAGAAUUUGACAACAUUCUCUUAAGUUGGACCAAAUAAUAACAAUUAGAUUGCAAGCAAUUCACCAUAAAUAAAAUACUUGACUUUAAAUAGAGAUUAUCCUACUGCCACUCAGAACAAUAAAAUUAGUUUAGAGAAAGGUAAUCACAUUUCAUUUGAAUUAAUUCUGCAAGGUACUUGGUAAAAGGGAUUAAUAAAAUUUUAAUUUGGAGCAGAAAUAAUUUUAUUUUAAUAUUAAACUCCUACCUCAUUUGAAAACUUCUCAAUCAUUUGUGAUUCUUACUAAGCAGAAAUUAAAACAAUUAAUUUUAUUUUACAACAAUCAGAUUCGAAAAUAAUAAAAUUUACAAUGUCAAAUGACGGAAUGGAUAGGUUUCAAUUAGAAAUUUAUUAAUAUCAAAAAUUAAAUACCAUUAUUUAUGCACUCAAUGUACUUAGUGUUUUUAUGGAAUACAUUUGGAUGGCAUUUGGAAUGAAUGUCCUAUAUAUACAGUAUUUAUACCGGAAUUGGAUGCUCAUUAUAUUGCAAUUUUAAUCGACAUUUUUUUAAAUAUCUCCGUAAAUAAAUUUUUAUCUAAUCAAAAAAGGUCGGCAAUUAUUCCUUUCGGAUUAAGCAAUCGUUGAAGAGUAGGUUAAAAUGGAACUUAUAUCAGAUACAUAUAAUACAAAUCAGUUACCCAUUCUAAUGUAGUAUAUUGGGAGAUCUGAUCUCUUAGGGGUCUUAAAAAAUAAUUAAGGAACUACAAGAUUGAUAAAUGAAGUAAAAAAUAACAUUGGAACCUAUUUAAUUUGA